GCGGAGUGUUGGUGAGUGACGCGGCGGAGGUGUAGUUUGACGCGGUGUGUUACGUGGGGGAGAGAAUAAAACUCCAGCGAGAUCCGGGCCGCGAACGAAAGCAGUGACGGAGGAGCUUGUACCACCGGUAACUAAAUGACCAUGGAAUCUGGAGCAGAGAACCAGCAGAGUGGAGAUGCAGCUGUGACAGAAACUGAAAACCAACAAAUGACAGUUCAAGCCCAGCCACAGAUUGCCACAUUAGCCCAGGUCUCUAUGCCAGCAGCUCAUGCAACGUCAUCUGCUCCCACAGUAACGUUAGUACAGCUGCCCAAUGGUCAAACAGUUCAAGUCCAUGGAGUCAUUCAGGCAGCCCAGCCAUCAGUUAUUCAGUCUCCACAGGUCCAAACAGUUCAGUCUUCCUGUAAGGACUUAAAAAGACUUUUCUCCGGAACUCAGAUUUCUACUAUUGCAGAAAGUGAAGAUUCACAAGAGUCAGUGGAUAGUGUUACUGAUUCCCAAAAACGAAGAGAGAUUCUGUCAAGGAGGCCUUCUUACAGGAAAAUUUUGAAUGACUUGUCCUCUGAUGCACCAGGAGUGCCAAGGAUUGAAGAAGAAAAGUCUGAAGAGGAAACUUCAGCACCUGCCAUCACCACCGUCACAGUGCCAACUCCAAUUUACCAAACAAGCAGUGGACAGUAUAUUGCCAUUACCCAAGGAGGAGCAAUACAGUUGGCUAACAAUGGUACCGAUGGGGUACAGGGCCUGCAAACAUUAACCAUGACCAAUGCAGCUGCCACUCAGCCGGGUACUACAAUUCUACAGUAUGCACAGACCACAGAUGGGCAGCAGAUCUUAGUACCCAGCAACCAAGUUGUUGUUCAAGCUGCCUCUGGAGAUGUGCAAACCUAUCAGAUUCGCACAGCGCCCACUAGCACCAUUGCCCCUGGAGUUGUUAUGGCAUCCUCCCCAGCACUUCCUACCCAGCCCGCUGAGGAAGCAGCACGUAAGAGAGAGGUUCGUCUAAUGAAGAACAGGGAAGCAGCGCGAGAGUGUCGUAGAAAGAAGAAAGAAUAUGUGAAAUGUUUAGAAAACAGAGUGGCAGUGCUUGAAAACCAAAACAAGACACUGAUUGAGGAGCUGAAAGCACUUAAGGACCUUUACUGCCACAAAUCAGAUUAAUUUGGGCUUGAUUUUCACCACGUAGGCUGGAAAAAGGACUGACCUGGCCACAACCAGAGACAAAAAUAAACAUUUUAUUUUCUAAACAUUUCUUUUUUUCUAUGCGCAAAACUGCCUAAAAGCAACUACAGAAUUUCAUUCAUUUGUGCUUUUGCAUUAAACUGUGAAUGUUUCAACACCUGCCUCCACUUCUCCCCUCAAGAAAUUUCCAGCAUCAGGAAUCAUGAAGAGACUUCUGCUUUUCAGCCACCCCCCUCCUCAAGAAGUCAUCAUUUGUUUACUUGCAAAUUGAUGGGAAAUGAGGAAAAGAAAAUCUUUUUAAAAGUUAUUUCAAGGUUUGUGCUGAGCUCCUUGAUUGCCUUAGGGACAGAAUUUAUCCAGCCUCUUGAGCUGAAGUAAUGCGUGGGCCGCAGGCAUAAAGUAAGUAAGGUGCAAUGAAGAAGCGUUGAUUGCCAAUUGACAUGUUUUUCACACUUUCAUUGUGAAUUAUGUAAAAUUGUUAAGAAAAACACCUUCUAAAAAAUCAUUUCAGUGUGAUGUUGAAAUAAGGAAUGAAUUUGGAGUGUUCUCUGUGUACGUUUUCUUCCUCGCUACUGAAAACUUGUCCUUGGUCCUUAAAAAUAGUCUGUACUAACUACAGCUCUUCCAUAGGUCAGUUGUUGCUUCUUACUUCAAUCUGUAUGUGUUCACCAUUUUGAAUGCAUUAAAACGAAGUAACCAACUGAACGUACAAGCAUGAUUAUUUUACUUUUAAAUGAAAUCAAAGGACAUAAAAGUACCAAGCUUUUGUUUUAGGUAGUACUAAAUCCUUAAAAGAUACUCAUUAGCCAGCCCCUUUAGUAAAUAUAACAAAGUUUUAAAAUGUUUUUGUCCUCACCAUUAAGAAAGAAUAUUUAUAUAAUCACUCAUUACCUAAAAGGCAUUUCUAAUUGUGCUGUUCCCCUUUGCACUUAACAUGGUACCACCACCAGGAAAGCCUUCAAGAUAAUAAAUAAAGCCAAAUGAUAUAUUUGUUUAUGAACUGUUAAGGGUUAUAAAAAAUAUGAUUUUAAAAUGUUCUCAUUUUAGCAAAUUAACUCAAAUGAAUUUUUUGAUGAAAAUUUAAGGACUAUAAGAAGUUCUAAAAGAACAGUGUUAGGCACGAGGAAAGUGCUUUUCUUCAGGCACGUUUAAUGGCUUCUAUAUUGCAAUAUCUGAAUUGUCAUUCACAUAAAACUUUUUUCCCCUUAAAAUGGGGAGUUUAUGCUUUAGCUUUCCAGUAUGCUAUAUAUAUAGCCUUUGUGUGGCUACCUGUUUCAACUCUAGACUAUACCAGUUCAUCUUUGUGUGUAUCGGACGUACAUUGUUUCCAUUGUUACAAUUCAUUAUUAAUUACUCAUGUACUAUGUCUGAUAAAUCUAAAAGUUUCCCUUAAAAGAAAAAUAUUAAGGUAGAUUUAAAAUUUUGGAGACUGACAUAAUGUUUGAAUGUAAU